AUUAUUGAAAGUGUUUGUGCUUGCCAAAACAGUGUUGCUUUGAACAUUCAGUUUAAUUUUCAUGAGUAAUUCUUUCUCCCAAAAGAGUUUAGAUAAUAUGAAUCAAAAUUGUGAGUAGAUGUAAUAUAACUUGUAAUUCCAUGACUUAACAAUUAAAGCGCGGUAUAAAUGGUGUCUUUUAAGUAGUACUAUUAUGUUUUUUGAACUUCUAACUGUUAUGGAAGAACGUUAUUCCUAAAAUUAUGCUAAUCUGAUUACAAUUAGCCUUAUGGCUAUACUCCCACACUUGACCACUAUAAAGUCACAGCAAUCUCUUAAAUGCCAUCUUUAAUCUCUGCCCCUUUUUAAGCCUGCCCUGCCCCUUCAUUUCUCCAUUCACAGAUCAUCUUAUAUCGUAUAAUAAUAAUAAUUCUCAGACUGCUUGUUGUUUUAGCGAUGGGGUCAAACGUUGUUGUUUUUGUAAGCUAUCUGUUGUUGAUGGGAUUUGUAUGGUUGUGUGAAGCUCAUACGUUCUACGUUGGUGGGAAAGAUGGUUGGGUUCUGCAGCCCGUUGAUGGGUUGAACCGUUGGGCCGGAGAAAUCCGGUUCCAGAUCAACGAUACAGUCAUUUUCAGGUACAAGAAAGGGGAGGAUUCAGUUCUUGUAGUUAACAAAAGGGAUUACUAUGAUUGCAACAAGACAAAUCCAAUUGACAACCUGACAGACGGGAAUUCUAGUCUAACAUUGACGAGGUCGGGUGAAUUCUUCUUCAUAAGUGGUCAUGCUGACAACUGUGAAAAGGGACAGAAGCUGAUCAUUAUCGUUAUGUCUCCCCAACAUUCUAAGCCUCCUACCGUUAUUCCUCCACCACCACCACCACCUUCCCCUUCUCCCACCUCCAGCACUCCGUUGUCUCCCGCCCCAGCCCCAGCCCCAGCCCAGACCCCGGACAAGUCGACUGCAAUGGCGGUUCAUGCCUCGGUUGGCACAUUAUGGGGAUCCGCCCUCUUGCUGGCUCCACUUUUCAUGAUGAGUUUGGGUUGACGAAUUGAAG